UCGUUAUCGAAUUUGAAACUUCGUCUGUGUUAAAUUUCGAAAGUUGAAUUAGAAUAAUGCAAACUAAAGCAAUAAAACAUUGAGACCUGUGAAGAUUUCACUGAAAUAUAUAUUUAUUAACAUCUGAUUUCAUCUUGGAACCAUUAUCAAGAAAUUUAGAGAAAAUGAGUAAUGAAUCAUGGUUAACUUCUUCAUUUGAUAAUGAUGACUUUCAUAUUGAAUCUGAAAAACCUACAGUUAACAGGAAAAGAAAAUUACAGCAAAAAUCCACAUGUGAUAGAAAUAAAUUAUUUCAGAAAGGAACAUUUGUAAAGAAUGAAAUUAAAUCAUGGGUUGAAAAAUAUGCUCCCACUUCAAAGGAUACUCUUGCUGUAAAUAAAAAGAAGGUUGCACAGGUUGAAGAAUGGUUGAAAAAUUAUUUUGAUCAAAUUUUGAAUAAAAAUAUUUCACCAAUCUUAUUACUCACAGGACCAGCUGGAGCUGGGAAAACUGCUACAAUGAAAGUUCUUGCCAAAGAAAUGCAACUUGAUUUAGUAGAAUGGUCUCAUAUACCUCAUUCUUCAUCUCAAACUUUGUUAGAUUUUGGUAUAGUAAAUAUUUCUGAUAAUAUAUUGAAUUUGGUUAUAAAGAAAACAAUGAAUUAACACAAAUGAAUCAUGAAAUUAAGAAGUACAACACAUCCCAACAAAAAAUUUAUUUUUACCACUAACAUUGAAACUUCAAAUUUUUUUGUUAUGCAACGGUCAAAAGAUAUAGACACAUCUUUGUAUAAUGACACACAACAGAAUAGCACUUGUAUCUGUGAAAAUCAUUCUAACUUGGUUUUGUUUCUUUAUUUACACUAUUUUGUACAUUAGCAUAUAUAUCAGAAUAGGAAUCCACAUUUUUACAAUUGAUUGAAACAUUCAGGACCAUGUUUCAAUCCUAUGGGAUAACAAAAGUCUUGCACUUUUUAGUAAUAUAAGCAAUAUAU